GCAUCCAUCCCAGACACUAACAUCUAUAUAUAUACACUGUUUGUAUUCAUGUCUGGAAUGGAUUCAUCAUCAGUUGCAUCAACACUGUUAAUGGGGAUGACGAGGUGGGAGCAAACUAGGGUUGCAGUGAUGGUUCCGGGGUUGAAGAUGAUGGUGUGGGUGUGCCUCGCCAUGUCGGUGAUGCUGUUUGUGGAGAGAGUGUACAUGGGAAUGGUGAUAGUGCUGGUGAGGUUGUUUGGAGUGAGCAAUCCUAAGAAGCGUUACAAGUGGGAGCCUCUCAAGCAUGACGACGAUGUUGAGCUUGGAAGCUCCACUUACCCAACGGUUCUCGUUCAAAUUCCUAUGUACAAUGAGAUUGAGGUGUACAAACUGUCAAUAGGAGCAGCCUGUGGGCUCUCAUGGCCGUCUGAUAGGAUUAUCAUUCAAGUUCUGGAUGACUCCACUGAUCCUCUUAUCAAGGAAAUGGUGUUGACGGAGUGCAAGAGAUGGGAGAGCAAAGGGAUAAACAUAAAGUAUGAGAUCAGAGAGAACAGAAGAGGCUACAAAGCAGGAGCUCUCAAGGAAGGAAUGAAGCAUCCUUACGUCCAUCUCUGUGACUACGUCGCCAUCUUUGAUGCCGACUUCCAACCUCACCCUAAUUUCCUCCUCCAAACCGUUCCCUUUCUCAUUCACAACCCUCAACUUGCUCUCAUCCAAGCACGCUGGACUUUCGUAAAUGCUGAUGAAUGCUUAAUGACAAGAAUGCAAGAGAUGUCACUAGAUUACCAUUUCAAAGUUGAGCAAGAAGUUGGAUCCUCUACCUACGCUUUCUUUGGCUUCAAUGGCACAGCUGGUGUCUGGAGGGUUUCUGCAUUGAACGAGGCUGGAGGAUGGAAGGACAGAACCACUGUGGAAGACAUGGACUUGGCUGUCCGAGCCAGUCUCAAUGGCUGGAAGUUUUUGUACCUUGGUGAUCUUCAGGUGAAAAAUGAAUUGCCAAGUACAUUCAAAGCUUACCGUUAUCAACAACACCGAUGGUCCUGUGGGCCAGCUAAUCUCUUUAGGAAAACGGCAAUGGAAAUCAUAAGAAACGAGAAAGUGUCAAUGUGGAAGAAGCUCUAUGUGAUAUAUAGCUUUUUCUUUGUCAGGAAGAUCAUAGCUCAUGUGGUCACAUUUGUGUUUUACUGUGUUGUUCUUCCUGCAACUGCUCUUGUUCCUGAAGUGGAAGUUCCCAAGUGGGGUGCUGUAUAUAUACCUUCCAUCAUUACUCUGCUUAAUGCUGCAGGAACUCCAAGGUCAAAAUUAUCUGACUUGUUUCCUCUACUCUUUAAAGUUGAUUUAACAGUGACUGUUCAAACUGUUUUUUUUUUUUCCUUCCUCUUUUGGUCGUGCAGAUCACUCCACCUAUUGGUAUUCUGGGUUCUAUUUGAAAAUGUCAUGUCAAUGCAUCGGACCAAGGCAACGCUCAUAGGUUUGCUGGAGGCAGGGACAGCAAAUGAAUGGGUGGUCACUGAGAAAUUGGGAGAUGCUCUUAAAACAAAAUCAGGAGGAGAAGCACCAAAGAAGCAACGUGUCACAAUUAUUGAAAGAAUCUAUCUGCUCGAACUUGCCUUUGGGGCCUACCUGUUCAUCUGUGGAUGCUACGACCUAGCCUUUGGGAAGAACCAGUACUUCAUAUACCUCUUCCUGCAAUCUCUUGCCUUCUUUAUUGCAGGGUUUGGCUACGUUGGUGUCUUUGUUUCCAAUUCAUCAUAGUGCAUCUCUUCCAUCAGUAAGAUCUCAAGCAUCUGCCAUUUGACAUCAAGCCCAUGACAAGAAAGAUCGGAAAUCAACUUAGGCAGGAAUCAGCUACUUAAACUAUACAUUCUUUUGCAAAAAUCAUUUUUUUUCCAUGUUGAAUUGUUUCCUCAAGGAAGUAGUUGAGGAGGUUAAGGAAAUGAAACAACAAAAAAAUUGUUUGUUAUAUAUAUGAAAAGCCAAUACAAAAAAGAAAACGACAGAUUAGAAUUGAGAAUGAAGCAGGGACCAAAAUAAGUGAAGUGAGAGCUUUUACUAAAUUUGACUUAUCUCCUUCUGCUGUCAAGAAAGAUACAGAAACUGAAUCGGAU